AUGGGAUCAAAAUCGGUCAAACCUGUUGAAUUAAGUAAAGAAGAUAUCGAUUUUAUUUCACAGAAAUCUAAACUUGAUCCUGAAUCAGUUGAAGAAUGGUACGAAAAGUUAAAGGCAGCAUGUCCAAAAGGUUCUAUUGAAAAAGCCGAUACAAAACGGUUUCUGAAAGCAAUUGUUCAUGAAAAAGAUAAAGAAGAGACCAUUGAUAAGCUAGCUGACGAAAUUCAUCGAUCAUUCGAUGAAAAUAAUGAUGGGAAAGUUGAUUGGCGUGAAUUUCUUAUUGGAUUUGCGUUAACAUCAAGUGGUAGUUUAGAAGAACGAUUGAAAUAUGUAUUUCGAACAUACGAUCGCGAUAACGAUGGUGUGAUUAAUAAGAAAGAAAUUGAUCGAAUGGUCAAGAUAGCAACAUCGUUGCAUGGUAAACAUGAUGACAACACGGAACGAAUUGUUGAAGAAUUACGUACUGCUUUAGAAAAGCUAAACGAAGAUAAAGAUGCGAGCCAUCGUGAUCGUAUUACGUCGGAUGAAUUUAUUCGCAUUCUUCUUGAAAAUAAAGAAAUAUGUGAUUUACUUUCGCCGUUUAAUGUUACUUAA